UUGACUUCGUAUUCAUUUGCUUUUCUUUACAGAGACCAUAUUUAUACUGUUGAUAUGGACACAUCACAUACAGAAGAAAUUUAUUUUAGCAAAAAAUUGACAUGGAAAUCUCGACAAGCUGAUGUAGACACAUGCAGAAUGAAGGGAAAACAUAAGGAUGAAUGUCAUAACUUUAUUAAGGUUCUCCUAAAAAGAAAUGAGGAUACACUGUUUAUCUGUGGAACAAAUGCAUUCAACCCUUCUUGCAGGAACUACAAGAUGGAUACCUUGGACUAUCUGGAAGAGGAAUUCAGUGGAAUGGCCAGGUGCCCCUAUGAUGCAAAACAUGCCAACGUUGCAUUGUUUGCAGAGGGAAAGCUGUAUUCUGCCACAGUGACCGACUUCCUUGCAAUAGAUGCAGUCAUAUACCGGAGCCUUGGAGACAGCCCAACCCUGCGGACAGUUAAACAUGACUCCAAGUGGUUGAAAGAACCAUACUUUGUUAAGGCAGUUGAUUAUGGCAAUUAUAUAUACUUCUUCUUCCGGGAAAUAGCAGUGGAGUACAACAGCAUGGGAAAGGUAGUUUUCCCAAGGGUGGCCCAGGUUUGCAAAAAUGACAUGGGAGGAUCUCAGAGAGUGUUGGAAAAACAGUGGACUUCCUUUCUCAAGGCUCGGUUGAACUGCUCAGUUCCUGGCGACUCACACUUCUACUUUAACAUACUGCAGUCAGUUACAGAUGUUAUCCAUUUCAAUGGCCGGGAUGUUGUUUUAGCAACAUUCUCCACUCCAUAUAAUAGCAUCCCUGGCUCUGCAGUCUGUGCCUAUGACAUGCUUGACAUUGCCAAUGUGUUUACUGGGAGAUUCAAAGAACAAAAGUCUCCAGACUCCACAUGGACACCAGUUCCUGAUGAACGAGUGCCCAAGCCCAGGCCUGGUUGCUGUGCUGGCUCUACAUCAUUAGAAAAAUAUGUAACAUCUAAUGAGUUCCCAGAUGAUACUCUGAACUUCAUCAAAACACAUCCACUGAUGGACGAGGCUGUACCUUCCAUUGUCAACCGACCCUGGUUCCUGAGAACAAUGGUCAGAUAUCGCCUGACCAAAAUUGCUGUUGACUCUGCUGCUGGGCCGUAUCAGAACUACACUGUGGUUUUCUUGGGGUCAGAGAAGGGAAUCAUCCUGAAGUUCUUGGCACGCACAGGAAACACUGGUUUCCUAAAUGACAGCCUUUUCCUGGAGGAGAUCAGUGUUUACAAUCCUGAAAAGUGUAGCUACGAUGGCAUGGAGGACAAGCGGAUCAUGGGAAUACAGCUUGACAAACCCAGCAGUGCCCUGUAUGUUGCCUUCUCCACCUGUGUCAUCAAGGUUCCCCUGGGACGUUGCGAGCGUCACAGCAAAUGCAAAAAGGCCUGCAUAGCAUCCAGAGACCCAUACUGCGGAUGGGUGAAGGAGAGUGGGAUGUGCACGCAGCUGGUCCUUGGCUCCAAACUGGCGUUUGAACAGGACAUAGAACGUGGCAAUACAGAUGGUCUGGGUGACUGCCAAAAUUCCUUCGUAGCCCUGAAUGACAUUUCAACUGCUUCACCUGAUCAUGAAAUGUCUUUCUACACAGUGUAUGGACACUCCAGUUCCCUAGUCCCAAGCACCACCACUUCUGACUCUCGCGCUCGACAGGGUUAUGAUGCUAGGGGACGCAUGCUGAAUUGGAAGGAUCCGCUUGGUUCAUCUGAAAAUACAGAUCCAUAUGUGGCAGUUUCAUCCCAUAAUCAUCAAGACAAGAAGGGAGUGAUUCGGGAGAGUUACCUGAAAGGUCAUGAUCAGCUGGUGCCAGUCACCCUGUUGGCCAUUGCUGUUAUUCUUGCUUUUGUCAUGGGGGCUGUCUUUUCGGGAAUCAUUGUGUACUGCAUCUGCGACCACCGCCGCAGAGACAUGGCUGUUGUGCAGAGGAAGGACAAGGAGCUGACCCACUCCCGCCGUGGCUCCAUGAGCAGUGUUUCCAAGCUCAGUGGCCUCUUUGGGGAUGCUCAAUCGAAGGAGCCAAAGCCUGAAGCUAUCCUCACACCUCUGAUGCACAAUGGCAAGCUGGCUACCCCAAGCAGCACUGCCAAGAUGCUAAUCAAAGCUGACCAGCACCAUCUGGACCUGGCUGCCCUGCCAACCCCUGAGUCCACCCCAACCCUGCAACAGAAGAGAAAGCCCAGCCGAGGCAGUAGGGAAUGGGAGAGAAACCAGAACCUCAUCAAUGCUUGCACAAAAGAUAUCCCCUCGAUGGCCUCACCAGUGAUCCCAACCGACCUACCGCUCAGAGCUUCUCCCAGCCAUAUCCCAAGUGUUGUGGUCCUGCCCAUAGCCCAGCAAGGCUACCAGCAUGAGUAUGUUGAUCAGUCAAAAAUGAGCGAUGGGGCUCAGAUGUCUGUGGAGGACCAGAAUGCCACCCUUGAGUACAAAACUAUCAAGGACCACCUCAGCAUCAAAAGCCCCAGCCAUGGAGUUAACCUGGUGGAAAAUCUCGACAGCAUGCCACCAAAAGUCCCCCAGCGGGAGGCGUCCCUGGGGCCCCCGGGUGCCUCACUAUCACAAAGCGGGCUGAGCAAGCGGCUGGAGAUGCACUCCUCUGCUUACAACGUGGACUACAAGAGAAGCUACCCCACAAACUCACUCACGAGAAGUCAUCAGGCAUCAACCCUCAAAAGAAACAACACUAACUCCUCAAACUCGUCCCACCUGUCCCGCAAUCAGAGCUUUGGCCGGGGUGACAACCCACCGCCAGCCCCACAGCGAGUGGACUCCAUACAAGUCCAUGCUGCUCAGGCACAGGCUGUGACUGUAUCCCGACAGCCAAGCCUCACUGCCUACAACUCACUGACGAGAUCAGGCUUGAAACGCACGCCCUCGCUAAAGCCAGACGUACCUCCCAAACCUUCCUUUGCUCCGCUUUCCACAUCCAUGAAGCCCAACGAUGCAUGUACAUAAUCAGAGGGGGAGGGGGAGCGGAAGGAGGAUGGCAAUUAAGCAGAACUUGCCCUUGAAGGCCGAUGUUCUGCAACUGUUAAGACUCGCUCCUCUGAGAAGAUGGCUGUUGCAAGCUGAAGAUGUGUUGGAUUUCUACUCUCUGGGAAAAGUGGAAUAUUUUUUUAAACCUGAGCCAUAUGACCCAUGGUUGAAGGUUUGCAAAUGCAGGAUUCACCCUCACAACCUGCCAGUUCUUUGCUCAAAAGACUAAUCCUCCAUCAAACACAUUGAGCCAAAAGCACACAGGUGAAAAUGACUGUGACAUUUCACCCCCUGCCCCUAACUGCACAGUGCAUUCCUGAACUGGGAAAGAGUGCUCUGAAAAGCAAAACCAAUGUAAAA